CGAUGUGACGGUAUGCUUGUGCGUUUUAUUAUCUUCGGUAUUUGGUGGAGCAGAAUACUCAAUAAAUUGAAAAGAACAAAAUUAUUCGAAAUACCAACACAUGUGAACAAGAAGGUGUUUGAUUUGUGAGUCGUGCUGAGUGUACAAGAACCAGAAAGUAUGGAAUAAAUUAAAAUGUUUUAACAGAAAACAAAAAAACGUACAGACGAAAGGAAGUGAAAUAAUUAGGUGAAGUGCAAUCAAAAUCUUAAACUUGUACCAAAUACGGAAGAAAAAACUAGAAUUUUUAAGUAAAUUAGCUGAAAACGUGCUGCCAACAACUCAGCAAACGGGCCGGCGAUAGCAGCAGCAGCAAGACGUCAACUAAAGCUCCAUCUUCCAUCUCCGCCACAGAAUAACUGCCAUCGGCAUGGAUGUGACUAAGUUACCCAACUCACACGAUGGUAUCGAGGUACAAAUGGACAGCCUAGACUCGAGUCAUGCUUUCACGAAUUCGCUCGAGGAGCCCAAUCCGCCCAAACCCAAUGUGUUCAAGUCGAAAAUUUUCAUCGUUACCGUAACUUUUUCCAGCGUACUUUUCACGAUUAUGUGCAUCGGCUUUUUGGUGCAUUACGAAAUGGCUAGCGACGUAUCUGAUGGCGAGGAUAUACCCUUCUGGAAUGUAAAACUGCCACAAGAACAGCAAGUGUGGUACGAGAAGGGCAUUGAAGAGUUGAAGAUUGCGUUGAGUCGCGAGAUUAAUCGGCGACGUGCCAAAAAUGUUAUACUCUUUGUGGGCGAUGGCAUGGGCCCGAAUACGGUGACAGCGACGCGUAUUUACGGUUUCAAAGAGGAAGGCCUAUUGAGUUGGGAACGCUUUCCCCACAUGGGCUUACUAAAGACGUAUUGUGCCGACAAACAGGUGCCGGAUUCAUUUUCAACCGCGACGGCUCUUUUUGGUGGCGUCAAGGUCAACUAUGAAACUGGUGGUGUCGACUCCAGCGUCCCGCUAAAAAAUUGCAGCGCUUCAUUGGACCCCACACACCAUGUGCAGACCAUAUUGAAAUGGGCGCAGGUGGAUGGCAUAAAAACAGGUUUAGUGACGACGACACGCAUAACGCACGCGACACCGGCCGCUUUGUAUGCGCAUAUCCCAGAUCGGCGUUGGGAAUGCGAGGCGACAAUGUCAGCGGAAGCGCAGCAAGAGGGCUGCAGGGAUAUAGCGAGACAAUUGGUGGAGGACGAAACGGGUCGAAAAAUAAAUGUGAUCAUGGGUGGCGGCCGCCAAAUGCUGGUCUCCAAUGUGACGGAAAACGCUGCAGAUCCAAUAGACACUUGGGCGUGUAUUUCAAAAGACGGACGCAAUUUAAUCAGGGACUGGAAAACGCACAAGCAACAAGCCGGUGAACGCUAUGCAGUGGUGCAAAACAAUGGCGAACUCAACUCGCUGAACGGUGACUCGGUCGACUAUGUGCUGGGCGUCUUCGCAAACGGUCACUUAAAAUAUGAUCACGAGCGCGAUCGCAGCGACGCGGGCAUGCCAUCGUUGCGCAACAUGACCGUAAAGGCGCUCGAAGUGCUUAAGAGUAAAGAUAAGGGCUUUCUGCUAGUCGUUGAGGGUGGCAUGAUUGAUCAGGCGCAUCAUCGCGGCACCGCCAGGCGUGCGCUAUCAGAGACGUUGGCAUUGAAUGAGGCCGUCGAGGCAGCGGUGCAAGAGAUGGGUCACCAAAUGGACGAAACCCUAAUCAUCGUAACCGCUGAUCAUUCUCAUAGUUUGACUAUAAAUGGACAUCCGGAAAGGGGUGCUGACAUAUUGGGCAUUGCCUCGAACUCAAAGACCGAGGGCACACCUUAUACAACACUGACCUAUGGCACCAGCUACAAGGGUUUCCAACCUGAUGCGAAUGGCCGGCGCGAAGAUCCAUCCGCCAAGGAUACUACGGCGUGGGAAUACACGCAACAGGCGGCCAUAAACACCGACGAAAAUUUGCAUGGCGGCUCCGAUGUCACCAUACAUGCCAUGGGCGCCAUGGCGUAUUUGUUCCACGGCGUGCACGAAAACAGCUAUGUGGCGCACGUCAUUUCGUAUGCCCUCCGUAUCGGGCGCUUCCGCGAUAGCACAAUUGCUGAGUCAUUGGCGGAUCUGAUGCCGUUAUAGUAUAAGAUAAAAUUAGCUUAAUUGUUGGGUUGAUGCUCAUAUACAAGCUGAUAAGGACAUGCGAACGAGCGAAUGCUAAUGAAUUUAAAUAAACAAUGCGUACUCGUAUAACCGUAAUUCUACUUAAAUUUUUAGUAAUUGAUUAGACACGGAGUAACUAACAUUUUUAAACGCAAAUUGAAUAGUAAUUACUCUAAGUGUGCGAGAAUAUAUGAAUAUAUAGAUAUGUAUGUAGAUUUGUAAAUUAGUUUAAUAACCCGUUAUUUAUUUAUUGUGAUAUGCCACUGUUAUUUUUAUGUUA